AUGAGUAGUGAUACAACAUUUGAUCAUGAAGAAUUGGUGCAGAAAUUAGACAAAAAGAAUAAUGAUCUCGAAUUGGCGGCGAAGAUUGGGCAAUCGUUGUUGGAGCAGAAUCGAGAUUUGCAGACAAAGUUUGUUUUUGGAGUCCCCUUUAUAAAAUCAGAAACUCUUUUAUAAAAUCCACACUCAUUUUUUUCAGAAAUGAAUUUCUCGAAGAAAGUGUCAGUCGAAAUCUGGACACCAUAAUUCAACUCAAACACGAACUCAAUCAACGCAUCGAACUUCUUCGCGUCUAUUCCCAUCUCGAUGAUGAUGGUUUUCCAAGAUCAAAUAGCGACGAGACACUUCGAGAGCGAUUGAAACUAUCAAGAUCAGAAAAUGAGAGGUUUGUUGGGUCUCCUAAAAGUAAAUAUUGUACUUUACUUUUUUAUUAAUAGAUUACGAAGAGAAUGUGAUGCAUUGAGGCAAGAAACAGCUUCGAUGACAUCGUUGGAAAGACGGAAUAAUCUUGAAUUGGAAAAACAAUUGGAUGAUGCUAAUGAAAAGGUAACAUCUAAUCAAUAAGAGCAUUUGAACAAAGAACAUCGGAAAAGAUGAAAUAUUGACAUAACCAACCACUUUUAUCAUUUUGAGCAAAACAAAUAUGAAAAAAAAGAGUAACUACUAUGAAACAAACAUUUAUAGAUUACAAAUCUUCAAUUCAAAAUCGAACAAAAAACACAAGAACUAAAUAGUCAAUAUGAGUCAACUGGAAAAUUGGUCAAAGAAUUGGCGAAUAAGACGAAGAAUGAGAAGAUGUUAACGAUGGAAAAAGAGGAAAUGAGUUCGAUUUUGAUUGAAAUGAUACAGAAGCAUGAUUCGAUGAAUGGAGAAUUGAAAGAUAUGCAAAAUCAAUAUGCAGAACUUAUGGCGAAUUUUGCGGAGACUGAAUCGGAAUUAGCAAGGUUAAGGCAGAAUGCGAGUUUGAGGAGUGAGUUAAAAUUUGAUUGAUUAUUUACAAGAAAAAAGUUUUGCAGUGUCUUUCGAUUCACUUUAUGAUUCCUUGGCUUCUGAGAUGGAAAAUUCUGAUUCAAAUCAUCCGAGACAGCUAACAUCGCAAGCAAUCGACAGUGGCGUCGAGACAUCUCUCGCAGCCGAAUUAAGUGAACCCGAAAAAAUCGAGACACCAAAAGCAGUUGAUUAUUAUUCGAAACAACACACAGCCGCGAUUCAAUGUGAUGCGAGUACUUCGUGUACUGAUAUUUUUAUUGAAUCUACACAAAAAUUAUCGAUAAAAAAUGAAAACGACGACAAAGAAAAACAAAAACUAGAAGAACAGAGCUUCCCCGAGCCGGAAGCAACUUCAACGCCAAUCGUGAGGCGUAAAUUCUCAAGCUUUAUUAGUCCAAUCAGGUCAAAUAGUCGGUUAGGUGAGUUGGAAUGAGGAAAAUGACAUUUUUCGGGAAAAAAUGCGAAAAAAUAAAAAGAAAACAACGAGACUCCGCGUUGACGCCAACGCGCGUGGUUUGAAUUCAUUUAUUUUUUCUCCGAUUUUUCAAUGGGCUCCCAUAUUUCAGCGAAUACUUAUCGAAAUGUUCUGAGUUUUUUCUACGAACUAGAAAACAGUAAAACUAAGCUAAAUUUGAGAUCUGAGAAAAUUUUGAAAGAAAAGUUCUAGUUCUCUAACAUUCAAAAUUCAACAAACUUCCUGUCUGAAAAAAACAGCCGUGUUUUUUGGCCAAAGAUAAAUGACUCUGUUUUCCGAGUCUUGAAAUAUGUCACAAUAUUUUUUUUUCUUGAAUGCUUCCUACUGGAAACUUUCUUUUUGUUCAGAAUUUUUUCGCCGAUACUUUAGGUAAAAACUUUUCUCGCUCUAAUCAAUAAAAAUGUUGUUUUUUUUUUGCAGCUUCACCUCUUCGAUCUGUUCAUUCACCAGUUCAACGACAACAAUUGAAUGAAUCCGACGAAGAGCAACGACAUCAAUAUGAAGAACCGAAAAUGGGUCAACCGGGUAUUCCAGGCACUCGAGAUCUCGAUUAUUCAUUGAAAAUUAUCAAAGUUAAAGAAGAGGUGAUUUUUUUCUCGCAAUACCUCCUCAAUUCAAUGGACAAUUCCAGGUGCAGAAAGAAUUCGAUGCGUUUUGCCAGCGAAAAGGAAUCAAUCAAAAAUCCUUUUUCGGCUCAUCGAAAAAUCGCGAAUCCUCAUUUUCAAAGUCGCAAGAUUCUUGGAUCGAUUAUGGCUCAUUUUUUGGAGCAACAACAGCUCAAAAAAGUCUUGCUCUGCCCAAUUCUCAACAACAACCAUUAUCACUAUCGCUUACUCGACACGGUGUUUUGACACGUGCCGAACUUCGCAAUCCAAUCAUCAGUCCAACUAGUUCUCCACAACAUUCUCGUUCACCGCUCAAUUUUCUAGCUUCUUCUUCUUCAUGUAAUCCUAAUACUAAUAUACAUGGUGCACAAAACGGAGUUUUACAACGUAGAUAA